UGUGUGUUUUGGUGAGUCUAGCUAUCUACCAGUCAGAGAUAGAUGAGGAGGACGUACAGCCAGAGGAAACAGACACAACUCCUAACAGAGAUGUCUGGUGGUCCCCUCUCGUGCUUCUCCAAACAGGGAAUACUCCUACUCUCUAUCCUCCACCAUGGGAUCUGGGCUGAAGUCCCUCCGAAGGACCUGUAUGGAUUGAGGGGGGGUUUGGUGUGCCUGGCUGUAUCAGAACCACCGCAGGAGCCUGGAAGACAAAGUUGGAAGGUCAAUAGUACCAUAAUAGUUUCUGACAGAAAGGUCUCUCCUAAAUACCAGGAGAAAGUGGAGUAUAAUCCACUGAACUACUCUCUGUGCAUUAAGAAUCUGAGUGAAAAAGACAGAGGAACUUACAUUGCAACCUAUGAGAAAAAUUGGGAAGAGUUGACUACUACAUACAGACUAACAGUACAGGAGCCUAUAUCCAUGGUGGUGAUCCAGAAGGAGAUCACGCUGUUGGCCAACCAGUCCUGUUCAGUGUGGUUGAUGUGCAACGUUUCAGUCUGCUCCAACAUCUCCUACACCUGGGAGAGAGGGAAGGAAACAUACAGGGACGACCAGCAGAUACACUUCUCUCUGUCACCAGCAGACGGAGACAUCAGUGUAACCUGCACUGCCUCCAACACAGUCAGUGAGAAAUCUGCCUCUACAACAGUAAAGUGUAGUAAUGACACAACCAUCCCAGGGCUGGUGUGGUGUAUCAUCUGCAUUGUAGUGGUGUUGACCCUCAUUGUAGCGGUGGCAGUGUAUUGCUGCAGGGGCAGCCGUAACACGGACACAGUACAUCAAAAUGACAAGACAAUAUAUGCGGAUGUUAUGGGCAGUACAAUAAAUAAAGAUACAAGAGGGACAGUGGAUGAUCUGGCUGAACCAAGACUGAACAAGCCGCAGACUCUGUACGACGAGAUCAAAGUUGGAUGCCCAAAAGCGCCCUCUUCUGCCUACCAGGAAGUACUUGUGAGCUGAGCAGGAUGUGUUCAUAGGAUGGGCCUUAUAUCUCUGCAUCAUCUGCAUCCAAGGCUACAGUCUGUAGAUGGAUGUUACUGUUAACUUUUAUCACGACUUGCACAUUUCUGA